AUGCCGGAACAUACGCCUGCCCCAACACCGUCGCGUGCCAUAUACGGGUUCUUUCUAUACCUACUCUUUCAAACACUUUUCAUCCUAUAUGUGCUGUGGGCCUAUAUUCCAACUGAUUUGCUGGAGUAUCUCGGAUUAAGUUAUUUGCCCGACAAGUAUUUCGCAUUAUUUGUGCCCAUUCUGGUGCUUGUGGCGAUAACGCUCUUUGCUUUUCUCUUCUAUCCGGCACUAUCGUUGGCAAUGAUGCCGGACCGAGACGACCCAUCGACCGUGACCGAUCGAUUUGCUAUUGUGCGCUGCCGGUACCAAUUCCCCGACCGAACCGUGUGUGGACAAAAGAUUGACCGACCGUACGAGCACAGUUGGGCAAUGAAAGCGUUCUGUUCGAAACAUUCAAUUCGAGUGACAACGGCUAGCGACUUACGAGGAAGUGUCAGGAUUUCCAACUAUUGUGACUGCCCAGACGAAGAGCAGUGUUUACUGCGCAAGGAUCCCAGCCAUUUGGCGAAACUACGUGCAAAGCCGAUGGUACCAGCAGUGGCCGAUUUAAAUUUGGCAGAAGUUAGUCGAAUUUUGCAUCGGAAAAAAAUUUGAGUAUUGCUAGUUUUUGAAUGCGUGUUAUUUCAAAUAUAAUAAAACUACGAAAUAAUAAAGAAAUAUUACGCUAGA